AAGAAGUGGAAGCAUAUUCCUGUCCCCCGUAGCUAAAUCGACUUCUUCUCAGGAUAAAUGGAGGCUCCAAAAGAUAAUAUCAUCGUGCAUAAUGUUGAUGAAGAAUUUGAAUUUAGAAUUGGCAUGGUGUUUGCUAAUGAGGACGAAGAUUAUAAUACAUACAAUGCAUAUGCAAUUUGCAAGGGAUUUGGAGUGCGAAAAGGACAAAAAGCAAGUAAUAGGAAAAGGAUAUUGCGACGAUGCAAAUUUGUUUGUAAUUGUGAAGGACACUCUCCACCAAUCCCACCUCAUGAACAAAGAGAUGUUUAUAUGACAGUAAAGAGAACUGGAUGUCAAGCUUGCAUUAAAUUCGUAAUUGAAGAUGGAGUUUGGGUAGUUUCCAAGUUUGAGGAUGUCCAUAAUCAUCCCUUCAUUGAAGACAAACAAAAACAUCUUAUACGAUCAUAUCGACACAUCACGAAUACUAGUAAAGGUAUAUUGACUUCCAUGGUAGGGGCUAGUAUAAGGGCUACGAAAGCAUAUACCUACCUUAGCAGUGAAGCGGGGGGACUGGAAAAUGUUGGCUUCACAUUAAGUGAUUGUCAAAAUUUCUUGCAAUCCAAAAGAAGGAACCUGAUUAGUGUGGGGGAUUGUCAAAGUCUUAUUAACCAUUUUAAUUGCUUACAAUCAAAUGGAAUCAAUUUUUCUUAUACAUUUCAAUUGGAUAAGGAACAGAGACUGACCAAUUUCUUUUGGUCCGAUGAUGUAUCCAAGUUGGACUAUGAAAGUUUUGGAGAUGUGUUGGUAUUUGAUACCACUUACUGUACAAAUAAGUACAAUAUGAUAUGUGCACCAUUUGUUGGCUUGAAUCAUCAUUGGAAAAAUGUGAUAUUUGGUUGUGCUUUUCUAUCGGAUGAAACUAUUGGUUCUUUUGUUUGGGCAUUUCGAUCCUUUUUAGAGGUGAUGGGUAAUAAAGCACCCAAAACUAUUUUCACUGAUCAAGAUCAUGCCAUGGCAAAUGCUAUUAGAACUAUUUUUCCAAAUUCUGAUCAUCGCUUAUGUGUAUGGCAUAUUGCAAAAAAUGCUACGCAUCAUAUUGCACAUCUUCUUGGAAAACCGGGUUUUCGUGAUAAAUAUUGGCAAAAGCUUCUAUAUGAUUGUGAAUCUGAACUGGAAGUGGAGAACACUUGAAAAGCAAUGUGUCAGGAGUGGAGCUUGGGUGACAACAAGUAGUUGGAUAGUUUGUAUCAACUGCAUCAUAAAUGGUGUCUUGCAUUUGGCCGUGAUUUCUUUUCUACAGGAAUUAGAUCUACACAAAGAAGUGAAAGCACAAAUAGUGUCUUUCAAGAUAUGGCAUGUAAGACCAUGACUUUGACUGAAUUUGUCAAACAUUAUGAAAAGCAAGCUAAAAAAAUGCACAAUGCUGAAGUUGUUGAUGAUUUUGAGUGUGCUCGAGGAAAGCCACGAAUUAUGGUUGACAAUGCAAUUUUGAAACAUGCUGUAAGCGUAU